AUGUUAGAAUAGAUAACUUUCACUUCAAAUAAAAAGGCUUAAGAUGUGACACUCAAAAGCCUUUUAGAUAUACCUUUUCGCUGUAUUGUUGCCAAAAUUAUAGAAGUAUGCAUUAGUAAUCUUCUUAAAUUGAUUUUAAGAAGAAAAGGAAAGCUUAGGGUCCUUUUAGUAUGCUAUGAAAAUUAGUGCUUAAAAUAAAAUAAUUGAGAUCUUUAAUAAGUAACCAGGAAUCGUAGAUGAAUUAUAUGUUAAAGCAAAUGAUAUUAUUACUAUUGAAAGCGUUCUUUAUACUUUGAACUAUCAAAUUCAAGAUAUCUAAAUUAUACAAAUUUAAAAAGCUAAUCCAAUCAAGAAACAUCCAAAAAUUAGAAUCAACAUCAUCACUAAAAACCAAUCUAAAGAAUCUACAGAGAGAGAAGAUUAAAAAUAAUAAAUUCUACAAAAUCAUUUCAAUAUUUAGUCAUAAAAUCUUAAUAUUGAAUUUCAACAGGAAAAUCAUACUUAAAUUGUAAUAUAUAAUAAUAUUUUAUGAGGUUUUUAAGAACUAAGAAUAAACCGAAUGA